UUCUGGGCCAAUUAUGCAAGUUAUUUUUUUACUAAGAAAGAGUCUCACUAGUAGGUAACCCUAGGAUCAACCCUUUAUAUCAAAGAUAAACUUUCACACCACGUUAUACUUCCAUUAUUAUCUACCUAUAUUAUAAUUGGAGAAUAGUAGUAGUAGCCACAAAUCAGCGAUAAGGUCUGAAGCGCAGAUGGAGGCUUCUAAGAGAAGGUUGAAGUCGGUUUUCGUGACAACUGAAUCUGAUCAAUUGACCCGUGCUUAUUCCGCCCGUAAAGCUGAAGAAAGGAAGAGAAGCUCGAAGAACGCAAGAAUCGCAGCACCUGAAUACGAGUAUUGUGAUGCGAUUGCGGAUUUAUAUCCAAAAGUUGAUAAGGGAACCGCAGCUCUUGCUUUUGCUGUCAAGGAAGGCGUUAUGGUAGCUAUUGAUCAUUAUUCAAGUGGUAGAGCGAAUGCAUCAAAAGAAUAUGCCGGCAACAUUAUUAAUCUUGAUACUCACAUACUGGUCGCUGUUUCUGGAGAUGUUCCAGACCCUCGAUCUUUUCUCAGGGAUCUGAAAACGAAGUACCUCGGACAUAAUCCAGCUGGGAAGAGAAGCACCGUUAAAGAGGCCUCAUAUUGGCUUGCUGACACCCUGUGUUCUCACAGUGACAAAGGUUUCAAAGUAGACCUACUGGUUGCUGGGUGGGACAAAGCUAAUGGUUCUAGUUUGUAUCAAGUAAAUGGUGAGGGAAUCCUUUUUCAACCCAAGUUUUUCGCGAUUAGAUCCGGUUCAUGAAUCGCUGAGAGUCGUUUUUACAGGAAAUCUGAUUAUGAGGAGAUAUUUUGUAUGUCUCCUGGUGAGGCUGAGAAGUUUGCUAGAAAAUUGAUUUCCACAACUACAUGUGAAGUUGUAUGCAAAGUCCAUAUGCGUUUGUGUGGUGAAACUGGUGGUUAGGGGAGUGGGUACCACGUUGGACCCGGUGGGUGGAAGGUUAUCUUUCGUAAUGUAUUGUGAGGGAACCAGCUAUGGAGACGCGUCCGCAUGAUCCGAUGGGGGCGAAGUGGCCUUCUAAGUAUUCAAAUCCGGAUGAUCUGAUUAUCAAGGCAAUAUGGAGACGUUGAGUGGAAGGCCAUCACUGCAAUGACUUUGCGACAGAAGCAGCAAAGAAAAGCUUCCCUUAUGAACGAAGCUUAAUUUUAAAGGAUGUACUUGUGCGUUUUACUUGGUGCUUGGAACUUUAAUAAAAAUGUAAAGGUGUUUUUUAAGUUUGAAAGUGGAC